UAAUGUAUAUAUUCCAAACAUAGUGCUGAAACUAAGCGCUGGGACGUAUAUUAAUUCGAUCUGAUCGAUUAAAAUGACCUUUAUCUCAAAUAUCUCUAUCAAAUCUUCUUUCUUCAAAUGCGACGCGGCCUUAACUUAGCGCCAAGACUAUUCGUUCCCAUAUUUAUUCACUACCUUAAAGUCGUAAUCGGAAAAGCGCUGAGCGUCUCUAUUUAACUAUUCUAUCCGCUCGCCUCAUUUAUAGCUGGUCUAUAUUACAAUAUAUAGCUGGUCUAUAAUAAAUUAUGGUUCAAGUUAAAGACGAACAAAGCAAGCAGACUAAAAGUUGCUUCAGCGAAAGUUCACUUCUCAUGGAUACGUCAGGGUUGGCUAGCAACGAGAGCAACCAAGUUACCCCAACCUCUAGUUAUAGUCAGGGUUGCUCAGAGCUACUUGACUCUCCCUUUCGCCAAAGACCAAAUCAGACAAACAUUUCCCAAAAUAAUAUCAGCUCCACCUCAGGAAUAUCAUUCGAAGACCCAGUGUUCGACGACAACUCUAUCGGGGGCGAGAAAGACCAAACUCCGACGUUUGAUUUCGAGUCGGGUGACGAAACGAGUGAUUAUGAAGUUCUAAAUGAGUUCUCUUCAUCGCCACAGCUACCGAGAAACGAGUUUGAUACGGCCAAAACGGAGACAUGCCGCAGGUCACCACGAGAACAUGUAGGAUCUCCAAAUAAUGAUGCGCCAAGUACUUUGGACAACAGUAGUCAAAAUCAGAGGAAUAAUAUUGCCGACCAGUUCAGCCAGCGUUCAAACUCAUUGACUGCUGUUACGACGAGUUCCAACGCACAAAUAGUCUCCAUACUGCAAGAGGAGGAGCAGAACACAAAUUCACCUCACAGUAACACUAGUCGGCUAAGUUCCGUGUCGUCUAAUUUAAGUAUAUCUACCUCGCCUCAACUUUCAUCAUCAUCACCAGAUCAGACCAGUGCCAACAGACACCCGCAACAACUGUCAAUUGAUACACCAGACACUCAAGAUAACUCCCAGAAUCAGAAGAAACGUAGACGGAAAUCGGAUCUGACUCCGGACAAAAACUGCGAAGUCGAAACACCUGAUCACCAUCGAAGUCCGUCGUCGACCGAGUCAACUGCUCGUGACCAGACGACAAACUCAUCGUCAAACAUGGAGUUCCUGGCGUUUCCACCCGGCAGCACGGUAGACCCGACUGGGUUGAUGUCGGGAAUGGCCCACUACGGCAUAUCAGCUCCGGGGUCGGCAACAACUGCAAUUCUGGACGCCAAUGGAAUGCAGGUUGGAAUAGCGGUCUCUGGGGGACUGGACCACAGAGUGGUUGCGGGCGGGGGAAGUGGUGCCGGCACUGGCGCUGCUGGCUCACAGGGUAGCAAUGGAUUGGAGGUAGAAGAGAGCUGUCCUGUCUGUGGAGACAAAGUGUCAGGAUAUCACUAUGGGCUCAUGACGUGCGAAAGCUGCAAAGGAUUCUUCAAGCGGACUGUGCAGAACAACAAAGUGUACCAGUGUAUAGAGAACAAAGACUGUCGCAUUGACAAGUCUCAGAGAAAGAGGUGUCCCUACUGUCGCUUUCAGAAAUGUCUCUCCGUCGGUAUGAAGCUAGAAGCUGUCCGUGCUGAUAGAAUGAGAGGAGGAAGGAAUAAGUUCGGGCCCAUGUACAAGCGGGACAGAGCCAUCAAACAGCAACAGAAAGCCAUCCGACAGCAGAUGAUACAAGUGGCCAUGCACAGUCCAGCCAUGCACCACCACCACCAUCAUCACGCCAAUGCACAAGCACAAAUACAAGCCGCUUUAUCACAAGGUUCCAAAAUUCAAACACAAGGAGGCACUAUGGAGACAUCCCAACAAGUAGUGGUCCCUUGCCCGCCAGUGGCCCCAGUGUCUGGACAUCUAUCCGGGUACUGUCCGACAUCCGUAGCAAUGAUGGGAUCCAAUGAUUCAACCGAGUCGCUGGGUGCUAUAAAGUUGGAACCCCACAUGCAUAAUGCAGUCAUUUCAUCAAUAUCCGCAAAUCACGCCAGUGCAGCAAAUCAUGGAAUGUACAGCAAUGUCUACUCGAUGUCAAACCUGCAGCAAGUCAAUCUGCAAACACAAACGUCAGCUCCCACUUUAAUAUCUCCAACAGAGUACCAGCAUUACAUCCAAUCAGCUGCUCUGGCUUCCCAACAGCAACAGGAGCUAGCGGCCAGUUCAAUGUCACAGAACUUUGCGUUCUUGCACACAGGAUCAAUGAACAACAACUCAGUACCUCUUAGCACGCAUCAAAUCAAAGCCGGAUUCUUUGCCAAUUCUCUAAACGGCGCCACGCCGAACACACUUACUUGCAGUACUGCUUUUCUAAACGGAAGCAAUGACUUUUCCAAGCAGAAAAUGUCACCAUCGCCACCCAUGAAAGAAGGCAAAAAUCAGUUUUUCGAAAAUGGCGACAAGUAUUCUCAGAUUCCGAGGAUGAGGCAAGUAGCUUUGAAUGUUAAUCCACCGAAACUGCUGCUUGAGUUGUCGACCAGUGAGCCGCUUACUGAAACUAUAAGAGCGCGCGUGAUGUCUUCCUGGCAUUACUACAUGGAGUCUGGAAGUCCGUUUUCGAUGUUCGUGAGGGGUCUUGAACAGCUUCUCUUUUGCUUUGUGGACUGGGCAAGGUCUUCAUGCUUCUUCAAGGAACUACAGGUGGAAGAUCAGAUGAAGCUACUUCAGAGCAGCUGGUCAAAUCUAGUUCUUUUUGACCACAUCUACCGCCAGCUAAAACAUUCGCCAAGCUCUCACGCGCCAAGAAUUGUUCUCAUCACAGGUCACGUGUUAGAUGUGAGGAUUCUGCAGCUGCAUGGACUCCACGAGGCUGCUGAGAAGUUCAUUGCGCUAGCUGACUUCUUAAGAAACAUAGACUUGGAGUUCUAUGAAUAUGUAGCCAUCAAAUUCCUGCUUCUACUCAACCCCAAUGUUGCCAACCUCUCGGACAAAAUGUACGUUGAGAGAAGCCAACAGCACAUCAAUUCCUGCUUAAUGGACUACUGCUUACAAACACAUCCGGAGUCACCAGAACGGUUCCAGUUCCUCAUUCUGCAGCUGAAAGAACUGUCUGCUCUUGCCGGUGCUUUUGAGGAGUACUUGGUGUUCAAACAGAACUCGGCCGAAAUACCGAGUAACAGUUUAAUAUCCGAAAUGCUUCAAGCCACUCGCAAAAGUAGCACCGACAAUAGUCCUGUCGACAAUCGAGGAGCAUUUGUCGGUGGAGUCGGAAACGGAGGAAUCACAGCCGGCGCUACGUCGGGCGUGUUCUCUGAAGGUAACGGCGCAGGUUCGGAUUUGUCGCCACCCCCGAACUUGACAGGAGUUCAAAGUGUGAAUGGCGUGAGUUUAGCGGGUCAAAUGAACGGCGCGACGAUGGUCACUUCACCUAACACGUUGUCAGCAGUAGCGCAGAACAGUUUUAACCCUGUGUUGUUGACGGCAACAACGGUACCACAAAAUGUCAUAACAUAGUCAGAAGAAUGGUAAGACUUGACGGCAGCCAAAAUAAAUAAUUGUGUAAAAAUUACACUCAAAACAAAUGCGAAAACUAAAACUUGUUAUUGAUAUAACUCACCUUUUUAUACUAUUCGUUAGAUAGUAACUCAGUAUUAGUUCAGAAACUGGUAUUGAAAAUUGGUUCUACAGUAGAACUUUGUUAAGGUCCUAAAUUUUGAAUGCAAAGUAAAAUUUAUGUUUUGAUAUGUUUACAAAUGUCUUCUAUUUACUGCCUCAUUGUUUGAUAAAGUCAAUUUCUAUGUUCUUUUCAAAGGGGACCUUUGUCCUAUUUUCAACAUUUAAGUAUAAAAUACCUAUUGGAAAGUUGUUCAUUUGCUGCGCUUUGUACAACAAAUAAGAUUAUGUCUAUCUAUCAAUUCACAGAAAUUAUUAUCGGUCGCCAAGUCAAAUUUCCAAAAAUUUGUUAAAUUUUGAAGUUUCGAUUAAUAGAGAUGUUUGUGGACAAUCAUGGGUAUAUAUGAAAAAAAAAUUGACUGGGCUAAAAUCAUCUACCUCGAAUUCACAAAGCUGAGUCUACUAUUUAAGUUAUCAUCUCUAUGAUGCUGGCUCUUUUCUAGAAAAAAUCUAUAAUGCUUGAGCUAGCAUAUGAAAGCUGCAGGAAACAUUUAUUUGAAGCAUUUUUUAAUGAGUACUAAACAUGACAUUAAACUACCAUGAUGUUUAUGAUUUGCAGAAAAGAGUCAUGACAUGUUCUAUUUGUUUUUGUUGUUCAAACUUAAAAAUGACUGGGCUAGUUUUAACACUGCCCAGGUAAAUGUUUGACGUUCAAAAAUAUCGAUUGUUAGUAAUCGAUUAAUUAACUUCCAUAGCCAGUACUUAAAUUGACGCAGUUUUGAAAACUCUCUCUUUGGUGCUGUGUAGUUUAAAUGUCAUAAUAUUUGAAUUUUGUUGCGAUAUUUUUAUUUGGUUGUUUCCUACUCUUUCAAAUGAAGUCUAAACUAAUUGAAGGGGUUUAAAUCA